GCCGAAAACGAUCACGGCGAAACUUGGUACAUGAUCUACAAAAUUUUCCUGCUGGUUUGGAUAAUCUCGGGCCUUGGCUAUCUGUGUAUGGUAAUGGGAUUCGUGGCGCGCGGUAUGCGAAGUAAAAAGAUGUGCGCAAUUGAACACAAGCUAGCGAUAAAUAUUAAAAGAACCAAUCAUAAAAUACGAGACGAACUCAGAUCGAUUGUUAACGAGUAUUUGUUAUUGCGAGUGAAGCGGGUCUACAGAGAGAAGUUUAUAUACGUUCCGAACAAACCGCAACGUAGCCAAAGUUGUCCAAAUUUAACAAUUCACUCGGCUCCAGAAUCCCCUACGAUCUCUAGGAAGCGAGCAUUUUCCACGUGCGCGGAAUAUGAUGGCGAAAUAAGUAGAAUUCAGUCCGAUUCUGAUCUGGAACGCAUUGACAAAGAACAAACGUUUAAUCCCUCAAAUGCUGUUUUGGAACCAGGCCAAUUACUUUUACGAGUGGCUAACGCCUUAGGGAAUAUGGAUACAGAGACUGACGAUCGUAAGUCCAUCGAUGAUCAUUCUUACGUUGAAGGUAUCAAUCUAUUUCCGUCAAAAGAAAUUCUGGCCACCGAAAAGUAUGUUUCAAAUUGGUCUAUUGGAAACGAAAGGAUCAGUACCAUGCCGGAAAAGGUUAUGCGACCCAGAGCUGCUAGUGAGUGUAAAACGCCAGUUUUCAAAAGGCCUUCGACUGACCAGAACGAUCUAACCUGGUACGGACCAUCCGCAACGCAACGUUUGCAAGAACUUCGAGAACAAGUUAAAUAUAACCAAAUUCGACACAAAUCUCUACCACCUUUUACUCCAUCCGCGAAACCACAAAGCCUAUUCAGUCGAUUAAAGAAUUCGCUAAAACCCGCAAAAGAGAGCGAUAAGAAUGACGACAUAGAAAGCCAAACCAAGCAAAAAGAGAAAGAGAGUGCUUUCGAAGAACCGUGUUACGCACCUGCGAGCAGGCGAGCGUCCAUAUUUUCCGUACAGCACGAACAGGUUCUGGAGGAAACCUCUAUUGCCGAUUUCCUCAGAGCUCUAACCGCUAUCACUGUUCCCGAAGCUGCCUCGGAAACUGCUCCAUUAACGCCAUCAAGCCCGAAUCGUCCACGGCGCCAGCCGAUUCAAAGUCACGCAAGAAGGACGUCGUUAAUGCCCAUAUCUGCACAUCAUCCGAGUCAACAGAGGCGAUUUUCUCUACGGCCCGAGACGACUGAAAGCGAACCUCCACCGCCGUACUACCCCCCGGACUUUUCGAACCUUGUUGCGAAACGUGCCAUCACCAGAAGUAGGAGAUCUUCUUCGCUUCGACCGGGAAACGCAGCAUCCAGUGCGACUUCGUUGCAAAGAAGCGUACUUAAACUGAAGUAUCCUAUUACGAAGGAUAUACGUGAUACAGAUGGUAAAAAUUCGAGUAAUGUAUAGUCAUUUUGGUAUUAUUGCACGCCGUACUCAUUUAUAUGUGCCAAACAUGUUGAAUAAUAUUCGUCUGUGAUUUAGUUGUAACCGUAGUUGGUAGGCGUAUUUUGUAAAUUUGUAUGGAAAAAGUUGAGUAAUUUUAGGUCGUUUUCGUUUUAAUUUUAGCAAUCGUACUGAAUAAUUUGCUUUCUAUGUCAUUUACAAACAAUACUCAUGACUGUAGGUAGAGUAGGUAUACCUAUGUAUAACUGAAA